AGCAGCAUUGUGCUUAAAUAACGAAGAAGAGCCAUGCACGGAAAUUACGGCAGUUCCGUUUCCCAAGCUAGAUAAAUAAACAAAAGGAACAUAAAAUUCGACCAUUUUGGCUCAUUCACGGUUAAAGAAAUGCUUCUUGUGAAUUAUGUAAUUUUGCCGCGAGACCUCAUGUAGGGAGCUUCGGCCGAGGAGCACUAAUUGUCAGGAUCGCUGUUGCUAGCUGGUUAGCAUGACGAGCUCGACAUGUUUAUUUUAGUACCGAAGCGACGGCACACGACAUGAUGGCAUGAUAACCUCGCACUAUUAGCAAGCAGCUGCGCUCCGCUUCGCUGUAAGGUAACCCGGGCAGACCCCGAAACCGGUAAAAUUAAAAUAAUUUGCUAAGUGGCUAACAGUUUUGUGUGAUGCAUUGUUUUCCACCUGGGCGAAAGUUCAAUGCACCACUAAUAUUCCCGUUCGAACUUUUCUUUUUCGCCAUGAUUACCUAUUCUUUCCUCUUUACAAAAAUAAUUUCUACAGUUAUGUGGAAAUUUAAUUUAGUGUUCUUCGCCGAAGGUUGAAACUUGAUCGAAGGCGCUAUCAGGACCGAACCCCAUUGAGAUUUACACACAGUCAUCAUGGCAUGGGCUCUGAAGUUGCCACUCUCCGAUGAAGUCAUUGAGUCCGGUCUGGUCCAGGACUUUGAUGCCAGCCUGUCGGGCAUCGGUCAGGAGCUCGGAGCUGGCGCAUACAGCAUGAGCGAUGUACUCGCCCUGCCCAUCUUCAAACAGGAGGAGUCCAACUUAACUCCGGACACUGACAACAAGGUCCUACCCUUCCAGUAUGUUCUGUGUGCCGCUACCUCGCCAGCUGUUAAACUGCAUGAUGAAACACUCACCUACCUCAAUCAAGGGCAGUCCUAUGAAAUUAUCAUGCUUGAUAAUCGAAAAAUUGGUGAACUUCCGGAAAUCUCUGGUAAAAUGGUUAAGAGCAUCAUUCGCGUGGUGUUUCACGACCGCCGACUUCAAUACACGGAGCACCAGCAGCUGGAGGGCUGGCGCUGGAACAGGCCCGGGGAUCGCAUUCUGGACCUGGAUAUCCCCAUGUCAGUUGGCAUGAUCGACCCACGGGCUAACCCUACUCAGCUUAACACUGUGGAGUUCCUCUGGGAACCGUCAAAAAGAACCUCAGUUUUUAUCCAGGUUCACUGCAUCAGCACAGAAUUUACCAUGCGCAAACACGGCGGGGAAAAGGGGGUUCCCUUCCGCAUCCAGAUCGACACCUUCAAAGAGAACGAGAGCAGCGAGUAUACUGAGCACCUCCACUCCGCCUCCUGCCAGGUCAAAGUUUUCAAGCCUAAAGGUGCGGACAGAAAGCAGAAGACCGACAGGGAAAAGAUGGAGAAGAGGGCACCACAGGAGAAGGAAAAAUAUCAGCCCUCGUAUGAAACUACGAUCCUCACAGAGUGUUCCCCCUGGCCCGAGGUCACCUACACCAACAACUCCCCAUCACCGGGUUUCAACAGCACACAGAACAGUUUCACAGUCACAGAAGGAAAUGGAUCACCAAAUCACCAGCCUGAGCCUGUUGUUCAAGUAGCUGACAAUUUGUUACCUGCGGCGACGCCACAAGAUGCACAACAGUGGCUUCUCCGAAACCGCUUCUCGCCCUUCUCUCGUCUCUUCACCAACUUCUCAGGGGCAGACCUGUUGAAGCUGACCAGGGAGGAUGUCAUUCAGAUCUGUGGCCCAGCAGACGGCAUACGACUUUUCAAUGCACUAAAGGGCCGGGUGGUCUGUCCCAGGUUAACCAUCUACGUGUGCCAGGAAUCGCAGCAGGCCCGCGAUCAGCAGAUCAAACAUGAGAAUGGAGAUGCUGCAAACAUCACUUUCUUUAUAUAUCAUGCAAUCUACCUGGAGGAGCUAACUGCUACCGAGCUGACCGAGAAGAUCGCUCAGCUUUUCAACAUCUCGCCCCGACAGAUCAACCAGAUCUUCAAACAGGGCCCGACUGGCAUCCACGUGCUCGUCAGUGAUGAGAUGAUUCAGAAUUUCCAAGAUGAAGUUUGUUUUGUUCUGGAUACGAUGAAAGACGACUCAAAUGACGGCUACCACAUCAUCUUGAAGUGAACCAGAUCCAGUCGGCCCUUUCUUCUAUCCAGCUUCACCCACCUUACGCUCUCCCGGAUCACAUGAAGACACCGCAGGAAGCCUCUUGAGGCUGCUCGGCAGAACAUGAACCACCUGUCCUCUUCAUUUCUUACUUGGGAGGGAGUGACUCUGUUACCCCGGUGACAAAGUGUAGCUCCGGUUCUCAACAUGCCGUUCUCUCCCCAACGUGACUGCCUUUUUCUUCCUCCUUUCCGUAUGUCUCCGGAAUGAGUUUGGCUGGUGUGACUGCCGCAUCUGAUGUGCUAAAGGUUGGCGCCUCAGAAUCACAAUUUUCUUUCUUUUAACAAAACAAAACAAAAAAUCCUUAACUGGAACUCAAAUCAGUCCGAAGUGAAUACACUGUGCCAGACUGGGAUUGAGUUGAAAGACCAACUAACAGCCAAUUCUUUCAGGAAUUUCAAGGGGAAAUGGAAUCCAGCUAUUAACAUUUCUAGCAUCUACUAGCUAGUAGUUGCACUAAUUCAGAUUCUCUAAAUAGUGACUAAAAUGCGUGCAAAUGAUCGAGUUAUUCAGCACAAAAAGCAUUUUAAGUAGACUUUCUUCAACAUUAUAUUUAAAUAGAUUUUUAUGUUCAAGCAGUUUCCUAACAAAGCCCCCAUUACUUUCAGCAUUUUUAAAGUCUUUAUUUGUAUCCAUCCAAAUGGUCACAGUACAGGUAAAAUGGGGCACACCAAAGUCAUGGGGGGAGAGUUUUUACGUUUAGUCUUUGCUUUCAAUUUGAUGUUUUACAUAUUCUUCCAUCUCGUCAGCAUUGAUGCGCACAUCCAUGUUACAAUUCACCACGUUGUGUAUUAAAUACCAGCAAAAAUAAACAGAUUUUCUUUAAAAAAAAAUCAACAAUAAAUACCUUUGUCAGUUA